AUGCGCUUCAACUCCCUGUUCCGCACACGUUUCUUCUGCCUGCCCCUACGACUGCCUUGGAUGUCUGCCCCGCGCGAUAUCAAACCGCUACAUCUUCUACUAGAGGCACCCGCUCCUCUGGGGAACCCUGACAAGAAGAAGAUCGCCGUCAACACUCUGGAGACCCUAUAUCUCAGCGCCGAUUCGAUCGUGCACCAAUACCUUGUCUCCCAGAUCACAUUGUGGAAACACAAUAAACUACCCAAUCAUGAAUUCGUGGUCGCGCACAUAAGCUUCGGAGGCACCGUCGUCGGCGCACUGCGAAUGGAGCGCACGCUCGAACUCACUGACGAAGAAUCCGACAACUCGUCCAGCGUAUCCUUCACGAGCAGCUCGUGCCCCCUUCCUGCUUCCGACCCAAUCACCAUAUACACCUCGGAGGACGUCAGUCACGCGACGAAGGGUGCCCAGGAGAUCGCGAAACAGGUUCUCGAAGGGAACGUCACCAUCGCCACCAUCAUCGCCGCCUGCUCCGUCCUUACCCAAGAGUACCCAGAGUACGAGCUGGGCUCGAAGCAGUGCUACUGGUUUGCCGGAUUGGUCUUUCGGCUCAUUGCCGGAGACAAUGUCAUGACGGCGACCAACCCCAUUGGCAUGCGAGCGGGCGAGUUCGCCAAUUUUCUCAAUAUCAUGCAAGAGCCAGAGUUGGCUGAGCAAGCAGAGGCGAUGCAACCCAUAUUCGAGACCAAACUGCGGGAAGUCGAGCAUGCUGUCGCUCAGAAACUGGCGAAGGAGAGGGCGGCGGCCGAGAUGCAGGCACAGCUGGCUGAAGCCCAGAGGCGGGUUCAGGAGGCAGAGAGGCGGGAGAGGGCGGCGGCCGAGAUGCAGGCGGCCGAGAUGCAGGCACAGCUGGCUGAAGCCCAGAGGCGGGUUCAGGAGGCAGGGAGGCGGGAGGCUGAACUUGUGAAGGCAUACGAGCUCAAACUAUGCGAGCUCAGAGAAGAAAUUAUGUCUCUGCAAUCGGGCACUGCGCCGAGCACUGCGUAG